AUGAAAUUGCGAUUUCACACUACGGCAACCAAUGCAGGAAGCAACAUUAGCAUCAUGAAAUUGAAGCUGAACCGUUGCCACUGUGGAAUCAACUUUCAGAACCUUACGAGUGUUCAAGCCGCCGCGCCCGUCUCCCUCCCUGCUUUAUCCGACGGGUUGGCCAUGACCAAGACUUCAGACGUAAAGAUGCGGGGGCCCUUUGUUCCCACCCUCGUAUGUAGGUUAGGUUAG